AAAAAAACGGAGCUUGCUUUAAUUACCCAUCUUAAUGAGAACCCGCCAUGUCCAUAUUAACCCCUCUACACCUGGAUCCUUCGCAAUUCAACCUGCUUCGGUCCCGUCUCCGCCAUACCAAAGAGAUGCCAUACACUUGUUACCUCGUUCUCGUCGUGCUAGCGUCUGUCCAUCGUCGUUGACGAGAAAUGCUUCGAGAAGGCUGCUGCCUCGACGUUAGACCAUCGGACACUGGCUGAGCCAACUGGAUCAAGACCGAGGCAGGAAUACUUGAACGGAAACAAUGGUGGCAACAGACCUGGCGCUGCUUUCAUUUGCAGCGCUGUCAGUGUUCGGAUUCGGGACGGCGAGAGGGGCGCAAUCUUUUGGGCCAGUAUUUCCGCAACUGUCGCCGAGGAAUGAUACCAUCUACGACGUUCUCAAGCCCGCCACCGACACUGUCACGAGCUUACCGACACUAACAAGUUCCCCCAAACCACCUUCCAGAGGCUCUCCGGGGAAGGGGGCAGGGGGAGCUUCGCCCGUCACAGCGUCCAUCGACCUGGGCAACCAAGCGAACAGUCCGGUUACCUCGACCGAGAUAGGCUUCCAUGCCACGGCCGGUGCUGCGUUAGACGGCCCAGAGAGUUCAACCUCGUCCGAGUACCCCUAUCCUGGUGGGUUCGGGGCGGGCGGCACAUUGACAACCGACACCAACGCGCCAACACGAUCCCCGGAUCCCACAAGGGGCUCCGUUAUACCAACCUCGAGCUCACUCAUCGAUCCGCCCCCAGGGGACACGAUCCGACCCCCAGCACGCAACGGACCCCCAGUAAUAGCAACAGCUCCUGGGAAUGUCCCAGACGCCGUGCAUAGUCCCACCACACUGGUGGCAUCUACAUCCAAGUCCCCGCCGAAGAGGCCGACUUCCAAGGAGACGACUGUAUCUGUCCGUAGCUCCUCGAUAAGCCUAGACUUGGGUCAUGGACAGCCGUCGAUAACGACACCAUACGCGAACGCUACGGGGAUAGGCUGGAACUUUACGACUAGCAUAACCCCAACAUGGACGACGAGCACUACUCAGGUCAUGACGACGGAUGAGAAUGGGUCUACACUACCUGUCUGUGGGCCGGCCGAGGUGGGAAAACAACGUACCAUUUACUCGGUCAUCCACACCGAAACAAUCACCUGGUACGGGAACCCAGACGACUACACUCCGCCAUUCCCUGAAAUCGCGACACCUACCCCGUGCGUGCAGCCGAAAUCCCCAUUACGCCUCACCUUUUCGUACUGCAGCUCGACCGGCACUGGCACCAAAUACGUCACCUGCGACACCACGACUAGUAUGGUUUACACGACAGCCACCGCGACUCUCGAAUACGGCGUCGGGUCCCUGCAGCCCACCGUUAUCUUCAUCACCACGGACAAGAACCCUGCUGUGGUUUACACCACCAUCCAUACGCCCGACUACGGCAUUAGCCGACCGGGCACCCGGGCACAGAUUGACCACUCGGCAGCCGUCGACCCGGGGGCGCCCAUUACCACCCCCGAGAUGAUCACACAACCAAAUUCGCAGGCGAUCCACGAUCCAGGGAAGACGACAGCUGCCAAUCCCAUCACAAUCGCUGUGCAGCCGACCGGAGUGGUCAUCAACAGUCACACUUUCACGGAUAACCCGUCAUCGAGGACUCAGACUGUCGUUGUUGACGGGCAAACCUUCAUCAUCAAUCCCAGCCAGGUUAUCGGCGGUGGCGCCAUCGUUGACCGGCCCACGGUGACUGGAGGCGUCUUUGUGCCCACCCCUACCAGCACCAACAUGGGCGGCCUGCCCGUGGUUGUGAGCUCGUCUGUUGCGGUCAUUGACGGGACAUCAUUUACGAUGGGCCCUACGCCUACCACGGCGAUAGUAAGGGGGCAGACCAUUAGCGUUGGGCCGAAUGGCGUGGCUGUGGGGACUCAGACAAUUCCGGUCUCUGUUCGUCCUUCGUCGACCGAGGUUGUUGUCGCAGGGGGGGAUCUCAUCACAGCGGUCGGACAGUCCGUCAUUGUCAUCCACGACACCACCAUAACGUUCGGCCCAGGCUCGUCGAGCGUGACUGUCAUCGGCGAUGACACCAUCACGAUUGGGCCGUCGGGAGUCAUCGUACACGGCACGACGCUCGGCGGCCCGGCAGCGGGGAUGACUGACACCCAGUACGAGAUCGUCGGCGGUGCCACUAUCACGCAGGUCGGCGCAUCGGUCAUCGUCAUCAACAGCGUCACCUACACCGUGGGGCCUGGCGCGGACACCAAGACGACGGUCGUCGGCGGCGAGACCAUCACCAUCGGCCCCAGUGGCGUGUCCGUCUCGACCUACAGCUUAUCCUACCCCUUCGGUCCGACGAUAACCAUCACGCCGGGGGCAACCGGCGUGUUGACCACGCCUAAGCCGACCGCGUCCAAGGAUUCCGGGUCGUCGCUGCGGCCCGAUUGGACCUGGAUGUCCCUUUUGUCAUGCAUAGCGAUCGGCGUCAUGGGUUCCGGCAUUUGAGCUUGAUUUUUAUUGUUUUGUGCCUACUUUACGACUGACAGGUGGCCAGCUAAGGGCUCACUCAGCCAAGGCUUUUUAACGUUUCAUGUCUAUAAACUUUUCCGCCGCCCUCUCCGUUUGGAAAUAGCUGGAGAGCGUCAAGAAAACCCGGGCCUGAGCCGCGGUUUCCUUCCUCUACUUUUUUCCCCCUCGGUCAGCGGGACCGUCAUGUGUUACGAUACCCCGAGGUCUAAGGCCGAAGGCGCCAUGGAUGCUCUGCUGUCAUGAUAGAAGGGUUUGUGGGACACUUUUUUUUUUUCUUUUUUUCCCUUUGCAUGCCAGGCUGGCGAGUAUAUAGUGGCAUGUGGAUCCAAAAUCCUGUAUAAUAGUCAAGGCCGGAUAUGAUA